GUGUUGUGAUGUGGGGCGGGGCCUGGGCGGGGCGGGGCCGGAACCUCUUUUUCCCCCCCCCCCAUGCCGCGCCCCCGGCCGGCACUGUUACUCGGCGCACCCGUCAUGGCCGCAGCCGCACUGGGGCAGGUCUGGGCCCGGAAAUUUCUUCCUGUCCCAAGGCUUCUUUGUGGUGCAAGCAGAUAUGCCUCCUCCAACUUUAAGGCUGCAGACCUGCAGGUGCUCAGGACGGAGGAGCCGCAGAAGAAGCCCAGCCCCAGCGAGCCGCUGGCCUUUGGGAAGACGUUCACUGACCACAUGCUGAUGGUGGAGUGGAGUGGAGACCAAGGCUGGAGCCAGCCUCGCAUCCAGCCCUUCCAGAACCUUCUGCUGCAUCCUGCCUGCUCUGCCCUCCACUAUUCUCUGCAGAUCUUCGAGGGCAUGAAGGCCUUCAAAAACCAGGAUCAGCAGGUGCGGCUCUUCCGACCGUGGCUCAACAUGGACCGGAUGCUGCGCUCGGCCCAGCGCCUCUGCCUGCCGACUUUUGACAAGGGAGAGCUGCUCGAAUGCAUCCGCCGGCUCAUCGAAGUGGACAAGGACUGGGUUCCUGAGGCGGCCGGCACCAGCCUCUACGUGCGGCCUGUGCUCAUCGGGAACCAGCCCUCGCUGGGGGUUGGUGUGGCCAGCGAAGCCCUCCUGUACGUCAUUCUCUGCCCUGUCAGCUCCUAUUUUCCUGGAGAUGCCAUGACCCCCGUCUCCCUCCUGGCUGACCCAACCUACAUCCGUGCCUGGGUGGGCGGGGUCGGCGACUACAAGCUAGGGGGGAAUUAUGGGCCCACAGUGCUGGUACAGCAGGAGGCGCAGAAGAAGGGCUGUGAGCAGGUCCUGUGGCUGUAUGGACCUGACCAGCAGCUCACGGAGGUGGGCACCAUGAACAUCUUUGUCUACUGGACCCAUGAGGAUGGGGUGCUGGAGCUCCUGACACCCCCGCUGGACAGCGUCAUCCUGCCUGGCGUGGUCAGACAGAGUCUUCUGGACCUGGCUCGAUCCUGGGGUGAGUUCCGCGUGGUGGAGCGCAAGAUCACCAUGAAGGAGCUGCUGCGGGCGCUGGAGGAGGGCCGUGUGCGGGAGGUCUUUGGCUCGGGCACAGCCUGUCAGGUCUGCCCGGUGCAUGGGAUCCUCUACGAAGGCCAGAAACUCCACAUUCCCACCAUGGAAAACGGGCCUGAGCUGGCCCUGCGCUUCCAGAAGGAGCUCAGAGCCAUUCAGUACGGAACAAAUGUCCACGAGUGGAUUCUUCAGGUGUGACACCCGCCUCCCCACCCCCCCCUCAAGCCCCCCGGAGCCGUCCCCAC